AUGAUGAAUUCUUAAUAAUUAAUAUUUGGCUAAGUAAAAUAAAAGAAUGUAAUUUCAUCCUACUUGAAUUUUUAUGAACACAAUAUCUCAAGUUUUAUUGGUAUUUAAUCGCUUUUUGAAACUGAUUUAACAAUAUAAUUUUCAUACUAAACAAGUGAGGAAUGCUUAUAGUAUAACAAUAAAAUAAAUAAAUUAGCGAUUGUAAAAAUGAUUCUGAAUGUAGAAAUUCAUUUUGUAUUUGUAGAGAAUAACAAAUGGGAAAUGAUUGCCAUUUAUUAUUAGAUAAUAUUGAGACCCACAAUACGUAUUUGGGAAAUAAAAUGUACUAUUUAGACAUUAAAUAUUUUAAUUCUGUAGAUUACAUAUUAAGAUUCUAAAAUAAAACAAAAUAUUUAACUUACUGCAUCAUUGAUAAUAUGAAUCCAAAUUAGGUAAAGAUAAAUGAAAAUAAUAUUUUAAAUAUUUCAAAUAGGGAUAUUAUAUCCUGCAAAAGUAAAAUUGAAAAAUUCCAAAAUUAAUUUAAUUAAACAGUUAAUUUCUAUUAUUUAAUUUAUUUUGAUAAUUUGUAAAUCACUUAUCUAGAUCAAAAUAAUGAUUCUAAUGAUGCAUAUUUAUUAAUUAUAAUUUUAACUUCAAUAAUAGCCAUAAUUCUACUUUUAAUUAUUGUUUGUAUUAUGAGACAGAAAUUCAAGAGAUCAAGAAUUAAAAAAAAAACAAAUUUAAAAUCUGUAAGAUAGGAAGAAAUGUUAAGCAUUUUUCCAAUAUUUAAUAUAAUCUGUCCAUCUCAAGAAUAUGGAGCUUUAAUUAUAAGAUAAAAUAAAUACUUAUCUUUUGAUAAAUGCUCUAUUUGUUUAGAUCAAUUUAAUGAUGCAGUUUAAAUUAGAUUAAUAUUUUGUGAACAUAUUUAUCAUACUUCAUGUAUAGAUAAAUGGUUGAACUAUCAUAAAGUAAUUAUUUAUAGUUAAUUAAAGUAUUGUCCUGAUUGUAAAAGUCCAUUCAAUCUUGAAUCAAUAAGAAUGUAAUGUAAAAGUUAAAGAUAGUUAGAAAAGCUUUAAUGGAGUUUUCGUAUGGAUGAAGUUAUAAUGAAGAAUGAACCUUUAGUAAAUAAAGGUAAUUUUAAUCAAUCCUUCUCUUAAUUUGAAUCAAUAAGAAAUUUUCAACCCUUCGAAAUCCAUAAUUGA